UCGUUCUAUUUUCGCAGAGUUCUGCUCCGAUCGUUUGGCUUUCUCUAGCUAACUCCCUCCCCUGUGGAUCAAUAGAUAAGAAAAUGGGUAUAUGCAGUUCGUGUGAAUCUAGUUCUGUUACUACAGCCAAGUUAAUAUUGCAAGACGGACGAUUACAGGAAUUUUCUUACCCAGUGAAGGCGUCGUAUGUGAUGCAGAAAGAUCCUUCGUCGUUCAUUUGCAACUCCGACGAGAUGGAAUUCGAUGUCGUGGUGUCGGCGAUAGGCGACGACGAGGAGCUCCAGCCGGGCCAGCUCUAUUUCGUGCUGCCAGCUAGCCGGUUGAGGCACCCCCUCCAAGCGGAGGAGAUGGCGGCAUUGGCGGUGAAGGCGAGCGCCGCGUUGAUGAAGAGCGGCGGCGAUAAGUGCAAGUGCAGCCGGAAGCCUUUCUGCCCGGGGAAGGGCGUGAAGGCGGCGCAGAAGGUUGCCGAUUGUGGCGGUGGGACGAGAAGAGGGCGGAAUGGCGGUGGCGGCGGUUGUGGAAGAAGACGAAGCUUUGAGGCGGAGUUGAGUGCGAUACCGGAGUAGGGUGGGGGGGGG